AUGGAGAGUGUUACCAAACCCAGCUUUGAGAUGGGCAACAAUGCCACUGUCAAGGCAGCUGGCGAUGUCAAUGUCUCGGCAAAGGCAGAGCCAGAUUCUGGACGCAGCUCGACGAUCAAUUAUCAUGAUAAGGAUCAGUUGGAGCGGAUGGGGAAGAAGCAGGUGCUUCGCCGCAACUUUGGGUUCAUGACGAUUCUGGGAUUCAGCUGUACUAUUCUCAUCACCUGGGAAGCCAUCACUGUUCUCUUCGCUCAGGGUCUCAACAAUGGUGGUACAGCCGGUGUCAUCUACAGCUUCCUUGUCGUUUGGGUCGGUAACUUUAGUGUCUUUGCUACCAUGUGCGAGCUGGUCUCGAUGGCGCCUACAUCUGGAGGACAAUACCACUGGGUCGCUAUGAUGGCGCCGCGGUCGUGCUCCAAAUUCCUCAGUCACCUCACAGGCAUGCUCACGGUCGGCGGAUGGCAAGGCUCAGUAUCAUCCAGCGCCUUGCUCACAGGCAACAUGAUCUUGGGAAUGGCGACUCUUAAUUAUCCCGACUUCCAGCCAGAGCUUUGGCAGGGAACAUUGCUGUUCUGGGCCAUCUUUGCGUUCGCCGUCUUCAUCAACACCCUCGUCAGUUCAGUGCUGCCCAAGUUUGAGGGAUUGAUCUUGAUCCUGCACAUUCUCGGCUUUUUUGCCAUCUUGAUCCCUCUCGUUACACUUGGACCCCAUGCUUCUGCGUCGGAUGUCUUUGGAACCUUUGUUAACAAUGGUGGAUGGUCGACUAAUGGCAUCUCGUUCAUGGUUGGUAUGAUGGGCAAUGCCUUUUCCUUUGUUGGCACUGAUGCCGCUUUCCACAUGUCCGAAGAAACCGUUAACCCCUCUGUCGUCGUCCCCACCUCCAUCCUUCUCAGUCUUUGCAUCAACGGCGCCUGCGGUUUCGCAAUGGUCAUCGCUAUGGUCUUCUGCAUGGGCAACCUCGACGAUGCGAUGGCCUCAGGUCCCGGAAUGCUCGGCUUCCCUUACAUGUACAUCUUCAAGCAAGCGACAAACUCAAGAGCUGGAGCGACCGUAAUGUCCGCCAUUAUUGUUCUUCUUGCCGCUUGCGCCACUGUCGGUAUGCUUGCAUCGACCUCUCGUGUGUUCUGGUCUUUUGCCCGCGACCGUGGCCUUCCUGGCUGGCGCACUCUGUCCAAGGUCAGCGACCGAACUACCGUCCCCGUGUACUCAGUCCUUUGCACUGCCGUCAUCUCGAUCCUCUUGUCGCUCAUCAACAUUGGAUCACCUGUUGCAUUCCAGAACGUCACUUCACUCUCCAUCUCUUGCCUCUACUCCUCAUACCUCAUCGCCGCUGGUCUGCUACUCUACCGUCGCCUCACCAAGGGCUUCGCGCUGCCCGGCGCUUCAGAUCUCCCAGCUUUGGCCAACACCACCGGCGCUGAACUUGUUUGGGGUCCUUUCCAUCUCAAGGGCGCCUUCGGAAUUGCCAAUAACAUCUUCGCUAUGUGCUACCUCAUUGUCGUUGGCUUCUUCAGCUUCUGGCCGCCCAUGGUGGAUCCUACCGUAGACAUGAUGAACUACAGUGUCGUGGUCACUGGUGGCCUUGUCAUCUUCAGUGUCAUUUACUACUUCGCCUGGGCGCGAAAGGAGUAUAACGGACCUAUUGUUGAGAACUAG